AAUCUCAUUUCGCCUCAUUGAUUUGCCUUUUCAUCGGGAACAGAUACUGAGUUGUGAUUUCUGACUUUGCUACCCUCUGUACCCGAUCGAUACGCUACGUCCUUGGUGAUAUCCGACUCUUCCCUCGAGGCCAAAUACAUACGAAAUCGCAUAUAUACCGUCCUCAUAUCGCCCUUUGAUAAUAUAAUUCUUCAGAUCUUCCAAGACCAUGGCCACAUCAACCGGAGUUUCCGCAAGAAGCGCUUACAGACAACUUCUCCGUGCCACUCGGGUUGCUUUCCAUAAUGACGUUCGUGUCUUGAUUGGGGCUCGCCAGGAAGCUCGCCAGAACUUCGACCAGCACCGUCGCCAUGGCAUCGAUACCCCAAUGCAGAUCAACCAUGCGCUCGAAGUGGCUAGUAUUCUCAAACACAACAUUGUUCAGGGAUCUAGAGAGGCGGGUGAUGAAAGUGCGAAGUGGGAACUCAACAUUCACGACAACAUUGAACGCGGCGAUAACGACUCGAUUAAGGUUGCAGGGAAGAAUGUGAAGGUUGAGAAGGCGUGUUCGUCAUGAGAAGCAUCCGACUCGUAUACAGACCCGUUAACCGCAAUGAGGCCCUUGCAAUUUAACCCACGCAGAAAUCAUUGCGGUUAUACGAGAAGGCCUACUCCGGCGAUUGUAUUAUAGUAUACCCAAACUUUUCUGUUCUCCU